GUGCAAGAGAAUAAGAGAAAGAAAUUUCAUGUACUACCCUAUCCUUUUUUUUUUUUUUGUUUUAUGAUGGUAAUGGGCUGAUGAGAGAACAAGCAAUUGAUUAAUACUAUGAAAAUAGGAUCUGGUUCUGUUUCUUUGCGUGUUUUUUAGUUUGUUUGCUUUUGUUGUGUUUGUCUUGUUGUUUGGUGAAUCACCAUCACUAAGGCAUGGCAUGAUCGGGAAAUUCAACCGUGGUUUAACUGAGAAAUUACCAAGAACAUUACAUUGGACCUUGUUACAUACAAUAGGACAAACAAACAUAAACCGAAUAAGCAGAACUUGGAUUUACUGUUGUGAAAGUCGUAAUCCAUUUCUACAGAUCCUUUUUGUUGCUUUGUCUUUUUCUUCCAUUUCGGGGUUUCUGUACAAAGCAUUACCUCAUAUACCUGGUCCAUAUCUAAGUAACAUCCACUAUGUGUUGAUUCCAGCUCAGAUCGUGUCUAUUUAUGCAAGUUAUUACGUUGCCUGCACUUCUGAUCCAGGCAUCAUCACACCCGAUAAUUUGCAAAAACAUUUGGACUAUUACCCUUAUGACGGUUUGAUCUACAAACCAAAGAAAUGUACUACUUGUGACCUGUUAAAACCUGCUCGCUCAAAACAUUGCUCAAUGUGUAAAGCAUGUGUAGGCAGAUUAGACCAUCAUUGUGCCUGGGUGAACCAAUGUGUGGGAGAGAACAAUCAACGUUACUUUUUCUUGUUCUUGUUUACAUUGGUGGAAUUCAGUGCAUAUGGUGCGUAUCUGUGUUUCCAAGUCUAUCGAGGUUUUAUUGUUGAAUGGGGAUUAGAUAAAGCCUAUGUGCAUCAUGCAAAGACAGGCCAAAAAUCAUUAAUUACUUUUCCAAGAGCUCUUUUGUAUGUACUUCAUCAUGAUAGGAUAUUAGGAGCCAUUGGUAUUUUAGGUGCUGUUGUUUCCGCCGUGGUAUUUAUUUUUUUCUUAUACCAAUUGUAUUUAGCUGCAAGAGGCGUGACAACCAACGAAGCCUUUAAAUGGGAACUUGUAGAGGACUCUAUUGUCAGAGGAGAAUUAUACAAGAUGGUACCAGUUAAAUCAUAUUCUACUACUUUAAAAGAGAAAAAUUAUGUCACAAAAAGAAACAAGAAAAACGACCAAGAAGAAGCCAAAGAAAAAAGAGUGGAAAGUUUAGAAGAAGUUGACAAUAUUUAUGACAAGGGGAUCAUUCAUAAUCUGAAGGAAGUCUUUUUUCCUCCUCGUUUUUAACCCAUAUAGAGAAAAUAAAAUACAUUUCAUAACGGCUCCUAUCUCCGAGUUUUCUUGGUGUCUGAUCCAGUGUCUGAUCCAGUGUCUGAUCCAAUGUCUGUCAAAGUCUGUCAAUUUUUAACUACUUAUUAAAGAU